AUGGGGUUGCAAAAAGAUAAGGAGGGGGACAUGGCCUUUCCACCUUUGGAAGUCCUCCAACUCAAUUCCAAGGAAAGUUCCAUUUUACCCAAUAAACUGUUUUUUGAGGGGAGGAAGCCACCUUUUUUCCCUUGGGCUCGAGGAAGAAGAAGUCGUCGUCGUCGCCGUCGCCCGACGUCGCCGUCGCCGUCGCCGCCGCCCGACGUCGCCGCCGCCUUCCUCCUUCGCUCUCUCUGCAAAACCACCCUCUCGCCUUUCUUCUUCUCUCGCUCUCUGUGCGUCUUCUUCUUCCUCUCCUCGACCCUCCUCGCAUGGCUUCCACCACCCCUGCCCCCGGCCCCGCCCCGGCCCGCGCCUUUCCUCCCUCUCCUCCAGGCCCGCCGGCGCCGCCCUCUCCCUCCACCACUGCGCCCCCUCCCCAAAACCAUCUCUAAAACCCUCUUCCCCCUCAAGCCCUCCCUCCCUCCCCUUCCCCACAAGCUCGUUUCCGCCGCCGCCGCCUCAAAGAGCCCCCUUGCCGACUUCUUCGCCUCCGGCGACCACCCCCACCGCCACGGCGCCGCCGCCGUCGUCCUCGACGACGAGGCCGACGACAAGCCCCGCGAGGAGUGCGGCGUCGUGGGCAUCUACGGCGACCCGGAGGCCUCGCGGCUCUGCUACCUGGCCCUCCACGCGCUCCAGCACCGCGGCCAGGAGGGCGCCGGCAUCGUGGCCGUCCACAACAACGUGCUCCAGUCCAUAACCGGCGUCGGCCUCGUGUCCGAGGUGUUCAACCAGUCGAAGCUCGACCAGCUGCCGGGGAACUCCGCGAUUGGGCACGUGCGGUACUCCACCGCCGGCCAAUCCAUGCUCAAGAACGUCCAGCCCUUCGUCGCCGGGUACCGUUUCGGGUCCAUCGGGGUCGCCCACAACGGCAACCUGGUGAACUACCAGGCCCUGCGCGCCCAGCUCGAGGAGAGCGGGUCGAUCUUCAACACCAGCUCCGACACGGAGGUGGUGCUCCACCUGAUCGCCAUCUCCAAGGCCCGGCCCUUCUUCGUGCGCAUCAUCGAGGCCUGCGAGAAGCUCAAAGGUGCGUAUUCCAUGGUGUUCUUGACUGAGGAUAAGCUGGUCGCCGUUAGGGACCCGCAUGGGUUUAGGCCAUUGGUGAUGGGUAGGAGGAGCAAUGGCGCUUAUGUCUUCGCCUCUGAAACUUGUGCUCUUGAUCUGAUUGAGGCCACUUACGUGAGGGAAGUGAACCCUGGAGAGGUUGUGGUGAUUGACAAGGAUGGGGAACAUAAUCUCUGCCUGAUGCCGCACCCCGAGCCGAAGCAGUGCAUCUUCGAGCACAUCUACUUUGCCCUGCCGAAUUCCAUCGUGUUUGGUAGGUCUGUCUAUGAGUCGAGGUAUAAGUAUGGGGAGAUCCUGGCCACCGAGUCCCCGGCUGAGUGUGACGUGGUGAUCGCGGUGCCCGACUCGGGUGUGGUGGCUGCGCUCGGUUACGCCGCGAAAAUUGGGGUCCCAUUCCAGCAGGGGUUGAUCAGGUCUCACUAUGUGGGAAGGACUUUCAUUGAGCCUAACCAGAGCAUUAGGGAUUUCGGGGUGAAGCUUAAGCUCGCCCCAGUCCGGGGAGUGUUGGAGGGUAAGAGAGUUGUGGUCGUGGACGACUCGAUUGUGAGGGGAACCACUUCAUCAAAGAUUGUGCGAUUGAUUAGAGAGGCUGGGGCCAAGGAGGUCCACAUGAGGAUCGCGAGUCCGCCCAUAAUUGCUUCGUGCUACUAUGGAGUGGACACGCCGAGCUCGGAGGAGCUGAUCUCUAACAGGAUGACUGUGGAGGAGAUACGGGACUUCAUUGGGUCGGAUUCGCUCGCAUUCCUGUCGUUCGAUAGCUUGAAGAAGUAUCUGAGCAGCGACUCGCCAAACUUCUGCUAUGCUUGCUUCUCAGGGAACUACCCUGUCAAGCCCACUGAGGUCAAGGUGAAGAGGGUCGGCGAUUUCCUGGAUGAUGGCCUGAAUGGAAGCAUAGAAUCCAUUGAUGGGGGUUGGGUCAAAACUCUGAGCGAGAAAGAAGAGAAGGUUGAGCACCCGGUUUAGAAUCCUUCGUCUCCGGUGCUGUUGCCGCGACAAAGCUUCUGUGAGAUUCAUGAUUUGGGGUAAGGAGUAUAGGAAUAUGAUGCGAUUGCUUUUGUGAUUGGCCCGCCUUGGGGGAAAUUCAGAUUCCGGAAAUCCAAAGCCUCGAUAUAUCGGGGCCCCGUCUCCAGUUUUGAGAAACUAAAAAAAUGGGUAGGAUUAGCUGUUUCAGUGUUCUCGAGGGUGGUGGGAUAAGAAGAUUAAAGUUUUGUUCUGAUGAUUAUUUCUUUUAACCUCAAGUACUGCAUUGUAUACCAGCUUUUGCUUAACUGCUUCAUAUUUUUACUUGAUGAAAGAAAUAGAUGAAGAAUUAGACGGGGUUCUCUCCCCUUUUUCUAUC